AUGUCUUCCUCCCCGUUCUUGAGUCUCCCCCCGGAGCUUCGUCAAAUCAUCUACAAAUACUACUACACUGCUUCUGAUGGCUAUUUCCUCCAACCAAUCUCCCGCAAGCUCGCCGCCGCCAAUGGCAAAAAAAUUCACCUCGCCCUGAUGUACACCUGCCGCCUCAUCGCCUACGAGACCAAGGACCUGCCUCUAUCAUUCAAUAGCAUCACCGUCUCCACAGUCUAUGAUCCCGAAUAUCGUCCUUGGGCUGGCCGCUUCGACUAUCUUCUCUUCGCUCAGUUUCGAAAACAGUUAAGCCUUGUUCUCGUCUUGGGCAACUGGUUUCUUACUGAAGAAAUGUGGGUUCGUAUUGAACAAACAUUUCCCUGGUUCGUGCCGCAACUCAGAGAUGCCCUACGCGAACACCGACACCAUUCACGUCGAAGCGAACUCGGAGGCUAUGAGUAUUGGAAUUUCUCAAAUUCCUUCAACCACUCAGCAGAGGCUUUUUGCCGGCGGUCCUAUGGAUUGUCCGCGCUUUGUGAGGCCCUCGAAUUCACCCUACGUAUUCUUGCCCAGAAGGAAACGGAGAAAUCUAAUAGAAUUAUCGAGUAUGAACUUCUAGGCUGGGAGCAUAGCGGUAGCGCCCGGCUCCUCAACUUUCUCGAUCAGUGCUUUAAACCUUGGGACAUACCGCACGCUGAUGUCCUCACAGAGAUGGGGCGCAGGUUCGGGGAUGAUCGCCUCUGGGCUACUCUCGAGGACUGGACGCCCAACACAAACCACACAGAAGAGUAUCAUGCGAGAUUUCGCAUCUCCGCCGCUUCUGCGGCUAUAGAUUGGCUCAAAAAGCUUCCCGCAAAGAAACGAGUGUGCAUUCGUGGUUUGGCAAUCAUUGAAGAUUACCCAUCUGUAGGUCGUCAAGAGUGCCAGGCUGCAGGCCUUAUCCCCUUCUGCAGAGAGAAUCCACAGUUGCGGAUCAGCCACCAGGUCAGUAUGCUAAAUGUCAUUUUCUCUCGGGCGUUGCUCCGCCGCGCUGCUUCUUUUGAAAGUUUGCAAACAUACGCGAGCCAUGAAAUUGGAGAAGUAGCCUUUCAGAAGGCAAGCUCUGCGUUGUUUUCUGAGAUGGUAAAUUGGCUAUCAGAGAUCAUAUCUCUUCCUAAGGCCGGAAUGCCCGAUGAUUCCUAUACCUUUUCACUAGAUGGUGAACCUAUUCCCCUUGUCUGCUCCCGGAUCUUCCAACACAUUGUGCUUCGCAAGGAGACCAUGCGAAUCACUAUAGAGCAGUCGCUCCCAUCAUUGGAUAUAGGUACUCGGUUGGAUAUAGGCCCCAAGUUGCACCGAGGACACGGCAAUGCAUUUGCCCAGCUUGUCGAUAACAGCUCCUUCAUCAAAGCCAACUUCGACACUGGUCAGCUUUGGAACGUAGAGGAAAUGAUGGCUGAGUUUCAACGGAUUGGAGUAUGGGGAUUUGUUCACAAAUAUGACCGUUUUGAAUUCGACUUUCAACUGCUUCGCCCACCAUCGGUUCUUGACCUACCGAGGCUGGGAGCACUGGUAAUGGAGAAUUACGAAAGCAGGCCUUGCCAUCGACCCCGGAAAUCAUAUUGGUUAUACACAUCACCUCCCGGGGAGUUGGACACAGCGCCAAGGGUGUGA